AUUGAAAGGGGCCAAGUUAUGAAGAAUUUUAAAUGGCAGAGGAAUUUGUAUUUCAUUCUAUUAGUAAAGGAGAGCCACUGGAGUUUAUUUUGGAGAGGGAUGACAUGGUUAGAUAUACACUUUAGAAAAAUUAUCUAGGCACUUCUGUGGAGGAUGGAUUGGAGAGGAGAAAGGCCCAAGGCAAGAUCAAGUAGGAGGCCAUUACAGUUGCCUAGGUAACAAGUCAGGAAGGCCUGAAAUGAGUAGCGGCUAUGUGAAUGAAGAGGAGACCUGUAAGAGAAAUAGAAAGAGAAAUAAGAUUAGGAAAUUGAACCUCUAGGGUGACUUGAGAGUGAGAUAUGAAGGUUGACACAGAGAUUACAAAUUUGGGUGAUUUGAAGAAUGUUGAUACCUUCAACAGUAAAUAGAGAGGAAGCUAUUUUGCUAGCCACUUCAUCAUGGGAGGAGAAAAAUUCGACUCAACUCACCCUGAAGGAUAUCUUUUUGGAGAAAACAGUGAUUUGAACUUCCUGGGGAACAGGCCAGUAGCGUUUCCUUAUGCAGCCCCACCUCCCCAAGAACCUGUGAAGACACUGAGAAGUCUAAUCAACAUCCGAAAAGAUACUCUAAGGCUAGUAAAGUGUACCGAGGAAGUAAAAACCCCUGGAGAAGAGGUCAGCAAAGCCAAAGUCCACUACAAUGUAGAGUUCACAUUUGACACUGAUGCCCGGGUGGCAAUCACCAUCUACUAUCAAGCCACUGAAGAGUUCCAGAAUGGCAUAGCCAGCUAUAUCCCAAAAGACACCAGCCUUCAGUCGGAGACUGUGUACUAUAAAAGAGGAGUGUGUCAGCAAUUCUGCCUGCCCUCUCAUGCUGUUGAUCCAUCUGAGUGGGCUGAAGAGGAGCUGGGUUUUGACCUGGAUCGAGAAGUCUACCCAAUGGUUGUCCAUGCUGUAGUGGAUGAAGGUGAUGAGCAUUUUGGACACUGCCAUGUACUUCUCGCCACAUUUGAAAAGCACACAGAUGGCACUUUCUGCGUAAAGCCCCUGAAACAGAAGCAAGUGGUGGAUGGGGUCAGUUACCUCCUUCAAGAAAUCUAUGGGAUUGAAAACAAGUACAACACACAGGAUUCUAAGGUGGCAGAGGAUGAAGUAAAUGAUAACAGUGCUGAGUGUGUGGUUUGCCUCUCGGAUGUCCGGGAUACCUUGAUUUUACCCUGCCGCCACCUCUGUCUCUGUAACACCUGUGCAGACACCCUUCGCUACCAAGCCAACAAUUGCCCCAUCUGCCGACUGCCAUUUCGGGCUCUGCUUCAGAUCCGGGCUAUGAGGAAAAAAUUGGGCCCUUUGUCCCCAACCAACUUUAAUCCCAUCAUCUCUUCCCAAACAUCUGACUCUGAAGAACACUCAUCUUCAGAGAACAUUCCCUUGGGUUACGAAGUGGUAUCUCUGCUGGAGGCCCUAAAUGGGCCCCUCACUCCAUCUCCAGCUGCUCCCCCACUUCACGUGCUUGGAGACACCCACCUGUCAGGAAUGUUGCCUUCUUAUGGCAGUGACGGGCAUCUGCCCCCAGUCCGAACCGUCUCCCCUCUUGAUCACCUCUCUGACUGCAGCAGCCAAGAACUCAAGCUCAAGAACAGUCUCUCCAAGUCCAUCUCCCAGAAUUCAUCCGUGUUGCACAAAGAAGACGAUGAGCAGUCCUACAGCGAGUCUGAAAUGCAGCUCUCCCACAGGCAGUCUCCCCAUCAGCUUGAAGAGGAGUGCGGUGCAACUCCAGAGAGUGAGAAUCUCACUUUAUCUUCAUCAGGAGCCAUUGGCCAAUCAUCUUGCACAGGGACUCCACUCUCUUCCACGAUUUCUUCCCCAGAAGACCCUGUCAGCAGUAGCCUGGCACAAUCUGUCAUGUCCAUAGCCUCUUCUCAAAGCCAAAACUCUCAGAUCAGCACUGACACAAUCUCCUCUAUGUCUGGUUCCUAUAUUGCCCCCGGCACUGAAGAAGAAGGAGACGUUCUCCCUUCCCCACUUGCCGCCAGUGGAGCCCCAUCAGAAGAAGGAGAGUUGAUGCCUGUUGAAUCCCCAGAUACUGACUUUGUUGGUGUCCCAGCAGAAGAGCAGGAUGCAGAGGGGAACGAUGUGUUGGAAGAAGAGGAUGGAUCAUCUACACAAGAAGAUGGCCAGAGGACUUGCGCAUUCCUAGGUAUGGAGUGUGACAAUAACAAUGACAUUGACAUCGCAGUGGUGAAAACACUCGACAAUAAGCUGUGCUCUGAGGUCUGCUUACCCGGCACCUGGCAAGUGGACAACAAUGCUAUCAGUUGCAGGAAUAACCAGUGCUGGCAUUUGUCAUCAAGCAGCCCGGAGGACCCUGAGAACCAGCCUUGUGUAAGGGGUCCCAUGGCUGUCUGAAGAGUCCUAGCCCCUGUCACAGGGCUCUUUUUUCCAUCCUCACAUUCCAAUGUGCCCCCCCCCCCCCACUGGACUGCUGACCUCCUGGGUAUUCCCACUAAGACCUGUGAUGACUUUUUAUAUUUGUGUAUAAAACUGGAUGUCGAGGUCAUUCUACACCUUGCCCAGCCUCUCCUACUUCCUGGAUCUCCACUUGAAACAGACUGGAAAUCCCUCUAUCUGGACUAAAGUCAAGUUGAUGAACUGUGGUUCAUCAUCGCCUUUUCAGAGACUUCCGCCCCAUCUCCCCUAUAAGGUAGAGCAGCAGGCUGUGUGCUGGCUGUGUGGUCUCAUUUUUUCUCCUUAGGGUUACAGCAGGAGGGCUUGGAAAAUUGGCUGCUUUGCUUUCCUUUACCUAUGUUGCGUUAUCUGACCUCCAGCACAAUUAAACUACCUUGGCAACUUUCCUUUUGGGUUAGCCCUCAUCCAUGGCAGAGAAAAGUAGGCAUCCUAUACUAAACUAUUCUGAAGCAGUUUCUCCACCUACUCUGAAAAGUGGCAUCUAAUGGGAUGGUUGAGUAUUUCUUUCCAUAAAAGUCUAGUUUUUGCCUCUUAUGUGCUCUGCUUUGUAGAUAAGACUUGCUCCCUUUAUGGGGAAUCUUAACACUUAAAUUCUCAACUGUUUAUACCCUGAGCAAUAUACAUGGAUGAAAGUGGCUAUCCUCCUUCCAGACGUGUGCAUAAGUACCAGUGUUCUCACAUCAGGGACAAAAAUGAGGGUCUGAAGUAGAGCCUCAAAUAGUUGGAGGGUGGGGAAGAGGAGGGAGGGCAUGUGACCUCAGUGAACUCCCUGAGCUACAUGAAGGGAGUGAGCAGGCCUCCUCCACCUCCAGGGCUUCCUUCCCCCUUACAGUCCUUCCUGCUUAGUCUUAGCUAAUACUAAGAGGUAUAGUGGAGGAGCAGAUCUGUGACUAUGUAGAACAUGGAUUGGAAUAUAGUUCAGGUCAAAUGAGGUGCUUUGAAACUUAAAUGAAUAUAAUAAAAUCCUGAGCCAAAAAGGUUAACCUCUAAAUCAGGUAUCAUUCCUAUCUCCCCAUCAGGGUUAUUUGGAGGAGUUCUGGAUACUGUUUUGAUUUACAGCAUUUAAAAGAGGGAUCAUAGGCUCUUGUUGUAGGGGGAGAACAGGCAGGGAAUAUGAAAGAGUAAAGCUUCCAGGGACAUAUAAUAAUGCCCUUGAGGAAUAUUUAUUUUCCAGGAGGAGCCCUCUUGUACUCCUGUGCUGGAAAGCCUAUGCAAGUCCAUGCUUGAAAGAUCUAGAACCCUGAGAAAAGCCUCAGCUCCCCUCCACCUUCCCCUCCCCCCCCGGGGGAGUUGCCCCACUGUUUUCAACCUAAUGGUCUAACUAUAUAUUCUCGGAGGUAUAAGGAACCUAUCCAGGUGUACUUUAUAUUCCUGGUUAUGGCUUGACAAUUCAGAAGCCUAAUAAUUAAGGCAGUGUUUUGAAUCUUUAAUUUUUAUCAUCCUCCAAAAGACCCCAAUACAAGUUGAUUGGCUGGUAUAUGGUCCCUUACCUGCCUCACAAUUAUUCCCUUUCCUAAAGCAAAAAAUUAAAACAAGCAUAGUUAAGCAAUAAUCUCUUUCCUUGGGCCUAUAUAAUCUGGGUGGUUUUAUCAGCAAGCAUGCAGACCUACCUCUGGCAGUCACUGGGUAGUGUUAAACAGGAUGCUUGGGGGAGGAGAUGGGUGAAUGGAGACAACAGUUAAUAGUUAAAACAGCCAGGAACCUUAAACCAAAAUAAAUAUCCUCAUUCCUUUUACUGAUUACCUGUGUCUUUUGGUGCUGGGGUGUCAGAACCUGCAGCUCAUCUCUCUCAAGCAGCCAGCAAAGCAAGAAACUUGAGGCUGUGUUCCUGGAAGAAGGCAGCAGUAAUCCUUUCCUUGUUUCAAAACUGCUUCCCCACCCCCAACUGCAAAUGUGUAAAUGUGGUGGAAACAGCUCCUUAGCCCCCUCUUUCUUAGAUAGUUCCUCUUUUUCCUCUCCUAUUUAGAUACCUGGCAGGUGGUUAUCCCAUUCAAGAGUAUCUGACAAAAACCCAUCUUAUUAAGACAUGAGGCAGUUGACAGCCUGGUUUUGAUAUGAUCACCCCCCUCCCAAACAACAAUAUCAACCUUGCCUGUUUUGAUCCUAUCAAUCAGGCUAAGGAAACACAUCAGGGACAAAGCCACUGUUUCUAAAAGGGAAAGGGGAAAAUGCAGGUUAAGAAGUACCAUCAGAGGAAAGCCAUUUCCCUUUUGUGUAGUGGCUCUCCAAAGGGGUAAAGAAGGGAGGUCUGAUGGGAGCCAUGGCUUGAGGAAUGUCUUGAAUAGCAUGGGUUAUAACAACUAAUCACUCCUUUGCUUAUGCUUCAUUCUGUUCCCAUCCUAUUAUUUUCUAGGGAUGGGAUGAUCUUGAUUUGUUCACCUUGACAUUUUCUUCCUCUUCCCUAUUUCCCACCCCACUUCUAUUCCACCAGGAAUCCCCACCAUUCUGGGAGCUUUUAGUGCAUGUGGAGCACUUUUCAUAACAAAGAAAGUAUCUUAUUUCAAAGUGAUGCUGGGCUUGGUGCAAAAGUGGAUGAUGUUUCCUGGAUAUUUUGCACACAUGUGUGUGUGUGUGUGUGUGUGUGUGUGUGUAUUUGUGUGCUUACUGUUGGGGACAGUGUGUCCCCUUCAGGGGGCACACAUAGGUAUGCUGCAGGUGCCACCUCAACAAAGCAAUGUUUAUGGAUUGCUGCAUGGUUCUCAAAAGUGAAUAAAACUGUUUACAAGAGGAA